AUGCGUGUGGAGGACAUGAUGGAUCACGAAGUGAAUGAGGUGCGGAAGACCUUCCGCUACUUCGAUCGCAACAACCUUGGCACCAUCGCAACCGACCGAUUGGGCGACUGCCUGCGAUGGCUAAAAUUGGUCCCAAGCGAGGCAGAAAUCAGUGCCUUCUCCGUCGCCGCGGACCCGGAAGGUACAGGAACUAUCGACUUUGACACAUUUCUGGCGGUAGCUGCACAACUCUGGAUCCCUGAUCUACAACAGCGUGAGGCGCAAAGUUGGGCUGCCUUCCUCUGCUUCGAUAAGCUGGAUAAAGGUAAACUUUCUGUUGAGGACAUGAAAACGAUUCUCACAGAGACCUCUGACGAACCGCUGCCCGAGAAGGAGGUAAAUCAAAUAAUUAAGAAGUUUGUGGACAAAAAGGAUGGCAUGAUUGAGUAUGGAUAUAUGAUUCGGGCGUGGCAAAAGUGA